AUGUGGCAUGGGCCAUUCCGAGUUGCGGACGUAUGUGGAGAUCAUGCUGUAAAAUUGGAGAUCGCUGGAACCCCAUAUCGGUUAUUUCCGAUUGUACAUAUAUCGAAGCUAAAAAAGGUAAAGACGUUCCCUGAACGCCCGAAGGAUCAGCUUACGAUAGAGGAAUCAGAUCGCUUGGAUUUCGAUGAAGCUCUGCUGCCGGAAGACAGUUGGGAUGGCGAUCUUGAAGAAGGGGAAUACGAAGUGGAGGCAAUAUUGGACGUGCGAUCUGGUAGAAAAACCCGUUAUGGGCGAGUACACCGGCAGUUUCUGGUGAAGUGGAAGGGAUAUCCCGAUCUAAGUUGGGUGGACGAGGCCGAUCUACGUUGUGGGGCGAUCUUGCAAGAGUUUGAGCGGAACCGAGUGAGUCGAAACCGUUUCGACGUAAUGCAGUCUCAUGAAGGCAAGUCGGACGAACCUUAA